GGUUUUGUGUUUUAUUAUGAAGAAAAAUGGAAGAUGAUGAUGCAAAACUCACAGCAGAAAUAGACGCUGAAUUGGAUAAAAUCAGCAUUUCUUCCUCAGAAAAGCAUGACACUGAGAGUGAUUCAAAAUCAGAAAUACAGAGUGACAAUAGUGACACAGAUUUAGUUGAAUUACCAGAGUCAGUUCUUCAUUGUAUUAACAUCAUAAAGAGCAAGAGUAAAUCUGCUGAAGAGCUAAUUCUUCAGGACCUGGAAGAAACUGAUGUUUUAAGCUGCAGUUAUGGAGCAGUUUCUAAUUAUAUGCAUUUAAGGAUAGGAUUAUCAACAGAAUAUGAAGAAAAUCCAGAGCAAUUGAUGAAGAUAUUAUCUGAACUAGAAAAAGAAGAAUUUAUGAGAAGUAAAACCGAGCAUGCCAGUUCUGAUUCUGUUCCCGAGCCUGGUCCUCAUGACUUGCCUAUGGAUGAAAACGUUUUACCAGAUGAUGCUGAUAUAAAUUUUGGAUACUAUGAAGUGGAAGAAAGAUGUAGACAAUCUUUUGAGGCUUGGCAAGACAAACAGAAAGAGCUAGAAGACAAAGAAAAGGAAACUCUCAAAGCUCAGAGGGAUAGAGAAGAAAAGCAAUUUCAAGAAGAAGAAGAAAAGUGGCAUUGCUGGAUGAAACAGUUUGAAGUUGAAAAGAAGAAAUUAGAGAAUAUUCAUAAGCAAGAACAGGACAAGAUGAAUGAUGAACUCCAAAAGGAAGAGGAAAUGUGGAAAGAGAAAUUUAAACAGCAUGAGGAGUUUAUUAGAAACUUGCAUUUACAAAUGGAAGAGGAAAAAACAAGAUUUAAAGAGCUACAGGAAAAAGAAAAGAUACGUUUGUUAAAACAGCAGCAUAAUGCAGCUUUAAAAAUUCAAGCUAAAUAUAAAGCAUAUGUGGCCUGCCAAAAAUUUGGCCCAAUCAUAAAAGAACAAAUAGAAAAUAAGAAAAGGAAAGCACAGGAGUGGGAAGAAAUGGAAACAAAAAUACGACAGAUGGAAGAAGAAAAACGAAAAAGAUUAGAGGAGGAACAAAGAAUAGAAGAAGAGAGAAAACAGCAGAAGCAAGAGGAAAGGAAAAGGAGAGAAAAAGAAUAUGAAGAAAAGAAGAGAAUUGUGAAACAAGAAAGAGAGAAAUUACUAAAUGAGGAAAAAUUAAGAUUAAGAGAAGCUGCCAGUCAACAGCUAACAAUAAGUAGCACAUUAAAGAAGGGGGAAUGUAAUCCCAAACCUUUAACUGUUGAAGAUAUUUCAAAGAAUAAGGGCGAUAUAGCCAAAAAGCUAGUGGAUGAAAAUUCAAAGAAGCAUAAUGAUGUUACUCUUUGGGUAAUUGAGGACUCAAAUAAGAGAGAAUAUGUAGGAAGACAACUUGUAGUCAAAGAAUCAAUACAAUUAAACCAAUCUAUAAACCAAGCAAUUCCUGAAGAUUAUAAAAUAAAAGAUAAAAAUGAAAUCCUAACAAGAAAACAAUAUUCAGAUACAUUGGUCCAGCAAGAAAGAAAAUAUGAAAAUUUAGAUGAAAAACCUGAAUUGGGAAACCCAGGUCUUAAAGAAAAUGUAAAAGGACAGUUUCAGCUGAAAGAAUUAAAGUCUAAAGUGCAAAAAGAAGUAACUGUGGAACAUGACAUAAAUGAGAAUGUGAGACAAGAAAUUCAAAUUAUAAUAGGACAUAACCAAGAAAUUAAUGAGGUGAAAAACAAUGAAGCACAGAAAAUACUCAAAGAUAAUAGGCAGAAAAAGGAACAAAACAUAGAAACAGAAGAAAUACAAGAACAGAAUGGAUCAUUAUGUAAAGAGAAUAAUAUUUCAAUUAUUUCAGUGAAGCACAAACUACUACCACUAAUAUCAGAACAUUCCAAAAAUAUCAGAGAAAAUAUAAUACUAAAAGAAAACAAAAAUUUAAAAUCCAAAGACAUUGGCAAGAACCCAAAAGACUAUGCUCUGAAGAGUGAGGUGAUUUUUAACACAACUGAUGCCAGGACUAAUAUAGAAGUCAAAAGAAAUAAGCAAGAUUGUAUUUUAGGUAGAUAUACUCCUUGUGAAUACUUGGGGGUCUGUAAUGCAGAAAGCUCCAUGGAUUCUAAAGAGGUAAACUCUGUUAAGUCUGAGAUUAGAGAAAUUCCAGAAAAAUGUCAAGAAAACAGAACUGAACAUGAAACUAUCAUUACCUGCUCUGGACCACAGUCAACACUUCUGUCUUCUAUUGAAGAAAAGAGACUAGCUUGGAUAAAAUCAUUUAAUCCUUGGUCUGAAAUUUUCAAGCAAAAGCAACAAAAGAAAAUGAUUAAGAAAAAGAGACCUGUCAGAUGCCCAGUCAACAUGAUGCCCCCUUUAAAUACACUAGAAAUUCUUCAGUGUGGCCCUUGGGAUACUUUACAGCAGGUCACAACAGUUGCAUUUCAAGAUUUGCCAGGUUGUAGUCUCUCCACAUUGGCAGAGUGUACAAAUCUUCAGUUUCUGUCUCUUCGACGCUGUGGAUUAACUUCUUUGCACAACCUGAGUAACUGCAAAAAACUUAAGUACAUUGAUGCACAGGAAAACCAUAUUGAGACUAUGAACUGUGAAAAUUUGGAAAAUCUCUGUGUUGUGCUUCUUAAUAAAAAUCAACUGACUUCUCUUCAUGGUUUGGAUGGCUGCACUAAUAUUCAAAAUCUUGAACUUUCACAUAAUAAAAUCACCCGAAUAGGUGGGUUAGAAUCCUUAAAAAAUCUUCAGCAACUAAUUGUGAACCAUAAUCAGCUAAUUAGUACAAAAGGUCUUUGUGAUACUCCUGCCCUUAUAUAUCUGGAUUGCUCGCAUAAUCAUCUGACGGAUGUUGAGGGCAUUGAAAAUUGUGGUUUGCUCCAAAUAUUGAAAUUACAAGGAAAUUAUCUAAGUGAGCUUCCAUCCUUGAAGAAUCAUGUUCUACUAAGAGAAUUACACCUGGACGAUAACAGCAUUUCAACUGUGGAAGCAUUUUCUUCAUAUUGGCUGCCUUUAUUACAAAAUCUUUCUCUCUCUCAAAAUAGUUUGACAAAAAUUGUACCACUUUUUCAUUUUGUUUCUUUGGAAAAACUAGAUGUCAGCAACAAUUGUCUUUCUGAUCUCACAAGUGCCAUAAAAUGGUUUGAUGCAUGUUAUUCUCUCCGUGAGUUGUCUCUCACUGGGAACCCACUUCUACAAGACAUAAACUGGAGGCAUUCUCUACUUAAAAUGUUACCUUCUCUAAGAACUCUUAAUGGUGAUAUGCUAAACUCUUAUUCAGAAAGCCACAAAGAAGAACACUAUCAACUAGAAUCAGCAUGUUUCCUGGUAAUGUGUCAGUCCCAGAUUCGCGAAUUCAACUUACUAAUUGACAAUUACAUCACUGGAAAAGGAGAUGUAUUCUCCUUGGAUGCUGCAGAAAAUCUCUGUCAUUAUUUUAAGAAAUUGAUGAUACUUAGUAAUGAAUAUCGACAUGCGCAUGAAUGUGGGAAAGUAAAUAUCAACAAGAAAGAUAAAUCAGAAGCCCAGCAGAAUUAUUUGGUCCCUACAAACCAUGACAGCACACAGCAAAAAAGAGUCUUCUACUCCAGUGCAGAUGACCAUAACCCGGACUCACUGGAUGCUUCUGAGAAAUGGUUGGACCCUGGCUCUAACUCCUUCCCAUUAAGCAACUCCUCUACAUGUAAAGAUAUAGAAGGAAGAAAUCAGGAAAAAUUAGUAAGCCAUAACAGAGAAGAUAGCAAGGCAAGCAGUAUUACCACCAAAGGAAUCCCUUUGAAGGAAACAGAAAUUGCAAAUUCUCUGCUGAGGAAACACCAAAAUAUUGAGCAUAGUAAAAAAAUUAUGGCAGCUGUGGUAAUUCAGUCACACUGGCGUGGUUACGUCGUGCACAGACAGAUUCAUUUGUCCACAAGGCUACACACUGCUGCAACAGAAACUCUGCCAAAUUCCUGCAUCAAGAAUAAGGCUAUCUUCAAGAAAGAAAAAAGAGAAAAUAUUGUGAAUAUCCAAGAACAGAGGGAGAAGGCUGCUACUCUUAUUCAGGCUUUUUGGAAGGGCUUUAUUUUGCGAAAGAAACUGACAACAGCUCUAGAGGCUAUUAAGAAUGAAGAAUCUGAGGAAGAAUAUGAAGAAAUAGAUUUAGAGGAUUUUACAUUUGAUGAAGCUGCCUUAGAGAAAGAAUGGCUGGCUUUAGAUUCCACCCGCUUCCCUUCAAAAACACUGCUUCUCUCAAACCAGCUGCACUGGCCAAAGAUCUCUGAACACUUACAAUAUGAUGAUACUUCAUUUAAUUUACCAAGUCAUCCUGCUGAAGCAUGGCUAUGUAAUAACAAAGAAAAUGCGUUUUCAUCAGAACACACACAAUAUAAUAGCAGAUCAGAAAAUAGAACUUUAUCCCAGAUACCUGAAGCAAAAACCAGUAGAAAGAGUUUUCUAAAAUCUGAAAAAGAAGAAAAAAUUUCAGAAGAAUGGGGCUUUAAGGAUAUUUCUACAGCUCAGCAAAUGCUGAAGAGGGCACAGAAAAUGAAAUCAAAGAAGCUAAAAAAAAAAUUAGAUCCCACUCUACGUCUAGCAUUAUUCAAAAACAGCGAAAAUAAAGUUUCUGCUACAAAAUCACCAAAGAAGUCUCAGACCAGAAGAGAUGGUUACUUUGAAG